AUGAACAACAACAUGAAGGUCUUAAUAGUAACUUUGUUGGCUCUAGCAGUAGCCGCCUCCGCGAGGCACAUCACGCUUGAAGAUGUCAUUGAAUUAGAAAAGAACACACCGUACAGUUACAUCAAGAGCAUCGCCAUACCGUUGGCUGACGAAGUCCGCAUAGCUGAGGAGGAAGGCAGACAGAAUCCAUCCAGGAUUGUCGGUGGUUCAUUAGCUGCUCUAGGACAGUUACCGUAUCAGGCCGGCUUAAUUUUACAUCACCCUUCUAUCAAUGGUCUUGCCAGCGCAUCUCUGAUCUCCAAUAACAGAAUAUUGACUGCUGCACACAACUUGAAUGAUGGCUGGUCAACUGUCCCGAGUGUGACUGUUGUCCUUGGAACUACUACUUUAAUGUCUGAUGGUGUAAGACAAACUACUAGCGACUAUGUUUUGCAUGAAAAUUACAACGUCUUCGUAUUCAGAAGUGACAUUGCUAUCAUCAACUUGCCAUCACCAGUUCAAUUUUCAAGCAACCUCAGUCCUAUUGCUCUUCCUUCUGGGUCUCAACUGGGUGACGACUUCACUGGGGAAAUUGCCAUUGCCUCUGGUUUUGGAAUUAAUCCUGGAAAUGGUGGUGUGCUUCCAAACCAGCCCCUCAGUUAUGUGGAUUUGCCCGUAAUCUCAAACGAUGAAUGCAAACAAGCUUACGGAUCAAUUAUUCUACCUGGCAUUAUAUGUACGGGUAGCGUUGUCGGCAAAAACAUCUGCACUGGUGACUCUGGAGGUCCUCUUGCCGUCCAGAGGAAUAACAGCCCAGUAGUGAUUGGUGUCGUUUCAUUCAGAAGCGGUGGUGUAUGCGACGGCGGUUCUCCUGCUGGAUACGCCAGAGUUACGCACUAUGUAGACUGGAUUAAUGAGCAUCUGUAA